UAAUCAUGUGCUAUUGUCUCUAAACAGUGCUGCACAAAAACUCAACCAUACAAGUAUUCUUUAGCUAGUGCCACAUAAUGCCUAUCCAAUGCAUAUCAGUAGGAUUCUACAACUUGUGAUUGGCCUAUAUAACCACAUACAAAGAAGGGUUUAUCAUAACAGCUCUCACCAAAACUUGAAAUCAUACAAAGCUUUCCUCUGCUUUCAAAGUCAUUUUACAAUUUCUUUCCUUCCUUAUUUGCUCAUCUAUAUUGAACUAAACGACCAUGGCUAUCCGUAUGCCUCGUAUAAUCAAGAAGUCUUCUACAAGUGGAGACGUUCCGAAAGGCCAUUUUACUGUUUAUGUUGGGGAGAAGCAAAAGAAGAGAUUUGUAAUCCCCAUUUCAUUCUUGAGCCAACCUUUAUUUCAAGACUUGCUUAGUCAAGCUGAGGAAGAAUUUGGCUUCAAUCAUCCAAUGGGCGGUGUCACAAUUCCCUGUAGUGAGGAUGUGUUCAUUGAUCUUACUUCUCGCUUGAAUAGGACCUGAGGCUUUUCCUUUCACAAUUUUGUAAAGAACUAACCUGGAUUUCCAGUUUGUAGUUAGGAAAGACACAUCAUACAUACCACAUCUUAGAAAAUUAGAUAGAGGGGAUUACUGUCAGAUACAACAGUAGAUCCCAAUCGCAAUUGUAAUAUUCAGUAGUUUAUCAAAUGAAAUCUUUUCACAGACAUUCUUUAUCCAAUUGGUUUGAUAGUAAUCUUGUUGAACAAAGUUCCUUAAAUAACUCCAUUUUCUCCAUUACAUGGAAAAUGGAGCUUCUAAAGUGCAAAUCUCAAAUUAUCCAAGAAAUCAUAUUAGUAUAUGGCAUUCCAUUUGGACAUUUUCAUUCUUUGCUUCAUUUAGAAGCAAAUCUCUGGCUUGAUUUAUCAAAAGUUCUCUCUAUCAGCUGAAUAACUUGGGAUAAUUCUGGUCUGCUAAGUUGAUUAAAUCAUCAGAUUAGAGGAUUUAUGAUAUGAGGAACAAAAACUGUCUGUUAUUGAUGAAAGAGUACUCUUGAUGAAACCGAAAGAAAGAUAUAAAACCAGUGCAUCCUGAUAAAUAUUUCAAUCCAAGUAUCCAACACCUUACUCCACGCUCUUGCUCUCAAUAUCGUCUCGUUCAUGUAUUCAAUGGUGUUUACACUGAAAUCAGGAUAGCUUUUAAGUGUGUGUAUGUGUUUCUUGCUCUGUUUGUGCUGUAUGUUAAGUCAUUGGUCAAGAAAUUCACGCCCUUUACAUAAUGCAGUUAUGGUGUUCGAUGAAAUUCCUGUGAAGAGCAUUUCCUGUCAGGCUGCUCUGAAGCUAAGAUGUGGAUGGAGGCCUUGUACACGGAUUAUGGCUAUUCUUCGUAUGAUCAAGAAGUCUUCCACAACUAGAGAUGUUCCCAAGGGUCACUUUGUUGUGUAUGUCGGGGAGACGCAGAAGAAGAGAUUUGUAGUCCCCAUAUCAUUCCUGAGUGAACCGUUAUUUCAAAACUUGCUUAGUCAAGUUGAGGAAGAAUUUGGCUUCAACCAUCCAAUGGGUGGUGUGACAAUUCCCUGCAGUGAGGAUUUUUUCAUUGAUCUCACAUCACGCUUGAGGAAGUAAGAAGGAAACCAGUCCCCAUUUUUGCUCAAUUUUGUAUAGUUGUAAAGCAGGCUUAUCUCCACCCUGUACAGUUCAGAGUUAGAAAAUACACUAGUUAGAACAUAGUGAAUGGACGUCAUUCCUCUGUCAUUUGACUAAAGAAAUUUUUCUACUUCACAAAGAAUUGAAGUACUGAACCUUUUCACUUGUAUGGUCCCAUUCUAGUCCAUAUAUUGAUGUAAUGAAUUCAUUGCAAUAGAAAUUUUUGUCAACUCUCAUGGUUUGCUAAUCUGAAUGAGAUCUGAUCUUCUAAAGUGGCAUAACCCAUAAUUGAUGAUAUUAUGGUCACUGCCAUCUUUAGUAAAAUGAUAGUCAGUAAACAUUAGUACAUUACUAUUCUCUACCAUUUGGAAACAUUUCUAUAUGUUGAAAUAACAUGGAUUAUCCUAAUCUGGAAAGUUGAUCCACAAUGGCUUAAGUAUGAGGGACCAAACAAAUAAGUUGUCGGAUAAUUCAGUAAAUUUAUCUUCAAUCGUACUGUUGUAGAAGUCCAACUCUCAAAUAAUUCAUUUGUGAAUAAGAUAUACCAGUUGGAACUACCAUUGUUAUAAAUAGUAAGACAUCUCUGAUCAAGUGAUCCAGACCCAAGUCAUUACAAGACAAUCACCAAUUGUUUUCAAUUUGAUUUCUAAAGAUCCUGUGUUCUCUAUCUUGUCAUGAAAAAUAGUGGUGCCUGUUGAGCUUCAGGCUCAAUGGCAUAAAACCAUAAAUGCUCGAGGAUGAGUUGGACAACAAAGCCAUGUGAUACUUCUUGU